AAUGUUCCAAAAGGAAGCUCUCAAUCAAUCCCACCGUCACCUCCUAACUCACCCUUUCAUACCCUUCAUAUAACACUUCACACAUCACACACUUUCAUACAUUACACACACACACAGCAUAAGGUAGAGCUCCUCCAAGAGAUCAUGGUGAGUGAGCAGAAACCAGCAGCUUUAGAGUGCAGUGGAUCAACAAGAAUGAGUGGUCCUCUUGUCGGAGACGGCGAGAAGACCAAUCGACGCCGGAGAACGGAGGUGAUGCUGCUGAUUCUUCGAGGUUUAUGCAUGGGAAGUUCUGUUGUUUCUUUGUCACUAAUGAUCACAGCUAAACAAAGCAGUUCUGUUUCUAUCUAUGGUUUUCACUUACCAGUUCAUUCUAAGUGGACUUUCUCUCCUUCAUACGAAUUUCUUGUCGGGGUUUCUGUGGCCGUUGCAGCUCACUCAUUACUGCAACUACUCAUUGGCACGUCAAGAUUUCUUAGGGCUUCUUCUGUGAUUCCUUCCAGAAAGCAUGCAUGGGUUAUUUUUGCUGGGGAUCAGGCAUUUGCUUAUGCAUUAAUGAGUGCUGGAUCAGCUGCAUCUGGAGUAACAAAUCUAAAUCGCACUGGAAUUAGACAUACACCUCUUCCAAAUUUUUGCAAGCCUUUGCACAAAUUUUGUGACCAUGUUGCCAUCUCAAUAGCCUUCAAUUUCAUCAGCUGUUUUUUGCUUGCCACAUCUGCUGUGCAUGAUGUCAUAUGGCUCUCACAACACUGAAUUUCUUGACAAAAUGUAAACUUACUACUUCCAUACAAUGAUCCUUAUCCUUUGAUUACUACAUUGUAGUCAAUGAUCUGGCUUUUAAAUAUGAUAAUAUGUUAUGAAUGAUGUAUGAUUGUAUUGUAACUUGUAUGUAUGAUAUCAUGAAGUAAUACUUGCUAUGAGCAAUCUUAGAAUUAAA